AAUGAGCACACGUGCGAUAUAUAAAAGUGGAGUUAAUGCGCCGCAACGCAUUAAGCAAAAAUCAAGUAGUUUCACUCAAGUUGGCUGUAUCACGGAGCGUGCAAGCGUGCGAUCGCGACUGCAUACCGGUCUGCGACGGUUGGCCUGUUCGAGCCGCACUCGCUUCAUCGCGCAGAAAGCUCGGAAGAUCGCCUCUACAUUUUCGUCUGACAAGGGAGGAAUCGUCCCAGUUACCAAGGUAGUGACAAUGCGGCCUCACGUGCUGUUAUUCACGUGUCUUGCCGUGCCGUGCCUUCUACUCGCUCAGAUGGUCAGCUCGGUCCCCAUUUUUGACGGCGACAACCAACUUCGGGCACUGGACAUAGGAGACUGGCCAGUUGAUGCUUAUGGUGACACGCAAUAUUUGCACGGCGCCGAGAAGAGGGUCAGACCCAGAGGAGGGGAGUACUGCGUGGACUGGAUUCACAACACCUGGAGACGGUGCAAGGGCAGGAAAGGCUAAGGAAGACCGGCUAGAUGAUUAUAAGACGGAUUUCAUCGACAAUUUUGAGGCCUUGCGAUAGUCAUCAUACCAACAGCUCGUCAUGGAAAAUGUUUCGAUUGUGAUAUUUAAUAACUCGUUCUUUUAAAUUUGUUGGGGGAAAUAUAUUUUUUGUUUUGGUUGUUUAUUCUUCGUCCGGAUCAAAUAUUACCUAAACCAGAUCUUGAAACAUGAUUUCCGAAAUGGAAAGUAACAAUGAACUGCUCAGCUGGUAUACGUGACAUUUCGGUUCCUGAAUUUUGAUUGAAAAAAAAAAACAACAACAACAGACCAGUCGUUCUUCAAAAUGUUAAGGUCAACGAUGCUAAAGCUAAAUAGGUCAUCGAAGGCGAGUAUUGUUUUGGUACAUGCCUGUCACGACAUAACACUACUAACGGCAGCUGAAUAUACACAGAAAAACAGGAAACCGGUAGAUUUGCCUGAUUUACCGUCCAUUCAUCUAAUUCCCCUUUUUGCGUAACAAAAACAAAAUGCGCCUUCUGCUUCCACAAGCGGAGGUGUGACCACGGCUUGCCAGCUGCAAAACAGUUGGAAUCGAAGACUUUCCCCGUGUUUUUUUUUUUUUGAUUUGGAGUAUUUUAUGUGAUAUUUAAAAACAUUUUGAAUCCAAGACUUUUUCCGGUUGUUUUUGUUUGAUUUUGAGUGUUUUAUGUAACAGUUAAAGGGAAGGUAGUGUUAACGAAUUUAAGGCAGGCAUUUGAUGUCAUUAUCAAAAAAAUUUAAUACACAGAAUACACAACAUGGUUUAAAGAAUUGUUUGAAAGGGUUAAUUUUUGGGGGGAAUUUAAGCAUUUUUCCCUCUCAAUUUUGUGUCUUGCGGGAUGACCCGUGUCGGCCGUAAAAACAAGGCGCCUAGAAAUGGCGCAAAUUUGUCCUAGGAUUAUGUUUAUUUAAUAGAGCUUGUGUGAUCAGUUUUUUUGAUUGGAAAAUUAUCUUUCUAAUUCUGUUAAUGGUUGGGAUUUUCUUUUGAGGGGAGGGGAUUGCAUUGAAGCUGGAAAUUGGCGGUUAAGGGAUGUUGCCUUGGGGUAACGUUUUAUUUGUUUUGCCGGUUGGAUCAUUAUUAAACUUGCAUUUGAACUGUA